CGCACGCUGCUCGCCCGCCCUGCAGUCGCCCCCAGCCCCGCGGUGUCGCCCCAGCCCCGCCAUGCCCGCCGACCUCAGCGGCACCUGGAACCUGAGCAGCAGCGACAACUUCGAGGGCUACAUGCUGGCCCUGGGUAUUGACUUUGCCACUCGGAAGAUAGCCAAGCUGCUGAAGCCGCAGAAGGUGAUUGAGCAGAAUGGGGAUUCUUUUACCAUCCACACGUACAGCAGCCUAAGGAACUACCUUGUUCAGUUUAAAGUUGGAGAAGAAUUUGAUGAAGAUACCAAAGGCCUGGAUAACAGAAAAUGCAAGAGCUUGGUCACCUGGGACAAUGACAGACUCACCUGUGUCCAGAAGGGGGAAAAGAAGGACAGAGGCUGGACCCAUUGGAUCGAAGGCGACACGCUCCACCUGGAAAUGUUCUGCGAGGGCCAGGUGUGCAAGCAGACAUUCCAGAGAGCCUGAUGGGGUCCAGCGACCGACCCACGAGCCAUGAGUCACGCGGGGCCGAAGCUUAACGCCCGACUACAUUCCAGAACGAACAGGUGUUCAUCUGCCCUCGUUUGGUGAUGGGCCUUGUGGUCAGAGAGGUGUCAUGCAGCCUGUACCACAAACCAUUUGGAUUAGGAGCAAACUGCUCAACUUCAAUAAACCUGUCCGACGACUCUGACUUCUUCCUUCUAAAUUUUAGCAAGUCCCACUAUUUAAGAAGUAAUCCGGUCUGUGAUGACACAACAAUGAAUGAGAUGUAAUUCCUGCCUCGAGGUCUGGCGCGGAAAGUGGGUGAACCAAGCCCUCUGAACAGGGUGACAAGGACAGGCAGCCGUGAGGCCCCGGAGGGCAAGCCUGAGAGUGUGUAGGGAUUUGUCAGCCACA